AUGACCUCCCGGUUCCCAGUCGGACCCCAACUGGGCCCGAUCGCCUUCAACGCGGAGGUCGCCAACUGGGGGGACUCGGUGUCCGUGGCCUGCUCGGUCCUGAAGGGCGACUCCCCCAUGGAGAUCUCCUGGGCGUUCGACGGGGAGCCUCUGGACUCCUCCCGGGACUCCGGCAUCUCCGUGACCAGGAUCUCGAAGCAUCUGAGCACCCUCAGCAUCGACGGGGUCUCCGCCGGACACGCGGGCGAGUACGUGUGCUCCGCGUCCAACCUCGCUGGGAUGGUCAGCCGGUCGACCAGGUUGACCGUCAACGUCGCGCCUCAGAUUCUCCCCUUCGCAUUCGGCGACGAGCCCGCCAAUUGGAACGAGCUGGUCUCGGUUACGUGUUCCGUCAUCAAGGGGGACCUGCCCGUCGAGAUAUCCUGGGCCUUCGACGGCGUCCCCAUCGACCCGACCUCGGCCUCCGACGUGCUCCUGGCCAGCACCAACAAGCGCAACAGCGUCCUCAGCAUCGAGGCGGUCGCGGCUAGACACGCCGGAGAGUACACUUGCUCCGCCUCGAAUCGAGCUGGCGCCACCAGUCAUUCCGCCAUCCUUAAAGUCAACGGUACCUCCCAGUCCUCGAAGAAGAGUGCCGAGGGUGCCGCUCGAAGAUGGCGCGAGACCCUGAAAGGAACGCGCGUACCCUGA